UUCAAAUGGCUCGGAAGAAUAAGAAUAAGACAACAGUGAAGGUAAUUAAGAAAAAGAAGAAUAAAGAGGCUGAAAGUGGACCUCCUUCAGCGUCCCACAACAAUGAUAGGAAAUUUCAAAAGAACUUGUCAAAACUCAAGACCCAAAAUGAUGUUCUAAAACAAAGAGAGAGCUUCUCUAAGCUCAGUGGUAAUCUCAACAUGAUAGCUCCCUUUAAAUAACGGAACAGAGAAACUCCCACACAAAACUUCUAAGAGAAGGCAGUCCGAGGAAUAUGUCCUACAAUCGGGGGAUUAAGCGACUUUAAAAUCAAAAGGUUCAACUCAAUUUGAAGGAAUAACGUCACAGGGCAACUCAAUACACAAGAUGAGCCUAUAACGCAACAAGAAAAAUUAGCUACAUAUUCCAGAGGAGAAAUUAUCCCUCAAAAUACCCAAGAAGAUCAGUUGACUGCAUUCCCUGAGCAGGUAGAAACAAAGUUCAUGGGAUCGAGAAUGGGCACUCAAAAAUUUAAAGAUGCACAGAAGAUGAAAAUGAUGAAGAAGGAUUAUAUGUCUAUUAACAACCUCGAUACAAGACCUUCUCAUCUUCAGAGCAAAAUCACUUGUCUCUGUUCUAAGUUUGGGAAGAGUGCAAGGUGUGAAAAAUGUAGAGAUAUUCUUCCUCCUGUUUCAUCCAACAUGAAUAAUUACUACAGGAAAAAUGACUCGAAAAGAGUGCCUUCAAUUUCAAAUAAUCAUGCUUAUCAUCAUUCUCAGAAGCAUGUUAGUGAAAAGUUCCAAUAAAACUGAUGAGCUCAGACAAAAUUAGAACCGAAGAUACCCCUUCAAAGCUAAAUCUAUACAGGAGCUCCCAAAAGGGAAUCAACGGACUUAUCGAUACUGCUCAAGCAAGAAUGAGACACUACAAUGAUGGCUCUCUUAAGAGAAAGUUCAUCGAAGAAUGGGCUGACAACGGCAGACAAGGAUAUGCAUAUGACUCUGACGGAGAUAGUAGUAAAAACUUUAUGGUAAAAGGCAUGUCUACAGUACAUGGUUCACAGUGCUUUUACAAACCAGAAGGCGCUGUUGAUCCUAACCUGACUCAAGAAUCCAACAAGCAAAUCAAUAAAGGGCACUCUAUUGGUUACUAUCAAGUAAAUAAUGUGAAUGAAUACAAUGACCCAAGGUGCCACAAUAUGAAGGAACAAAUUGUGAGAUCAAGGCCGACCUCUUCAUCCUCAAAUUUUAUGCAAGUAAACCCUCUGUUAGGUGUGAACUCUAAGUACAACCAUAACAUCAGGUUCCAGCCUUUAGAUGGGGAAAUAAUUGAAGAAAAGGAGAAAGAUCUCAUUAAAAAGCACAAAAAGGCACAUAAAAAGAGAACUAAAUAAAAAGAAGAAGAAGGUCUUCCGAUGAAAAGUAGAAGAGACUGAGUACGAACGGGAAGAGAAGCACAAAGCCCAAAGACUCAGUCCAAUCCCCAGUAGGCAUGAAAGCCCGACUAAGACAAACGGACAACAAUCUCAUCGUGUUUUAAGUAAUAAGAAGAUAGAUAUUGAAAAGAAAGAGAUUGAGUAUAACCUCAAGUAUCAAGAAGUAGAAAACUCAGGGAUUUACUCCAGUGAAGGUUCUCAAGAAGAAAUCGAUGAGCGAUACCUUGCUCCUAUGUAUAAAGAAAGUCAGAACCAGUCAUCUUGCAAAAUAUCAAAAUCGAAGGAAUUACUGAACCCAAGCAUUUGUAAUGCGAGUUUUAAGUCGACUCCCAUGACGCCUCAAAUGAAGAAGAGGUUUGGGUCAUACUUCAGUAAGAGCCAAAAUAACUCGAUGAUGUUAGAAAUACCUCAGGAUCUUCUUAGUAUAAAAUCCUAUGAGAUUAAGCCAAAAUCCAACAAAGGUGCUCUUCUAUCCCAGCAGAGGUCUGAGAAAGAGAAGUCCCUAAUGAUGUCUCAAAGAGCAACGAAAAGUUUGAGAGCUUCCGCUUCCACAGCUUCUGCUAAAGAAAGUAUCAAGAAGCAGCUGGAGAAACGCUCCUCUGUUGAUGAAAAGGCAGGAUCUCCCUUUAAGCUUCCUAGAUUUUCAAAUAUACAGCUGCUUGAGAACAUGAAGAAAGAUGAGUCUAAAGAGAAUGAGUCUGAGUCAGAAGAGACUGAAGAGGAGAAAGAACAAGGUAAUAAUUAUGAAGAGGAAAAAGUCGAUGAAGACGAAAGAAAUAACGAUUGUCUCAGCGAUGAAGAAGACCAGAGUUCAGAGGAUGAUGAUAUUGAGGAAGAUGAUGAAUGUGUGGAGUCUCGUCCGAUUUCACCUGAAUCUGAGGAAAAUUCCAAAGAGAAAAUAGAUGGUUUAAAUAUAGCUAAAAAGCCAAUACUCACCAAUGAAAGCAAAAACAUCAUUCAAGCACGCAUCCCUCAAUGAAGCAGUAGCAAAAAUCAAGGAGGUAAUUCAAUAAAAGGUACUUUUACCUGAAAAAUUGUCAAAAAGAAGGGCAACGACAUUGACAAGGGAAAAAUGGUUGCUUUUGGAUCAACUGCGUCACGAAACGACGAGCUCACAAAUCAGCAAAUCCUUGAAAGAAAACAAAAGAUUCAUAAAUACUAUCAUGGCCCAUACAAAAAGAAGAAGAACAUCUCUCUCCUCUGCUCAGUACCUAAAAACCUUGAAGAGCAGAAGAAGUUGUUCUUCGAGGCCGAAUGAAACUACAAUCCUCAGUUCGUGUACGACAAUGAGAAUCUGACAAGAAAAUACCUGAAGCAGUUCUUCUCUGAAAAUAAGUCACCUGAAGGAGUCCCCCAGGCACGAAAUGAUUUACUUAAAUAUGCAACCAGGAUUCUGAAGAACUGGCUAAAAGACUUCGGAUCUGAGUCAGCUUUCCUCAAAACUGAAGGAGAGAUAAUCUCCAAAGAAGACACUGAGAGUAUUAUCAGCAAAUAUCUCCAAGACCUUGAAAUUGAGAAGUUGAUCACACUCAAUUUCACUAAGAAAAUGAUCGCCCCGACCAGUAUCGUUCAUGAUUCCAAAAAAAAGAAAUCUCGGAUGAACAUCCGGCUCCCAAUUGAAUAUAGGGAAGACCGAGUCUUAACAAUGCUUCAUCAUGAAAUCGGAACUCAUUUCUGCAGGAAAGUCAACGACCGAAAGCAGAAGUGGCAUGGCAAGAAGGAUAAAUAUGAUAUUGCCAGUUGCAUCCAAACAGAAGAGGGAUUUGCUGUGAUCAACCAAUACAGCGAGUAUUCCUUAAGUCCUGGCAAGAAAGCGUACUUCUACAAAGCAGCUCUAAACUACUACUCAGCUUGUAAAGCUGGAUCUCUUUCCUUCGCUGACCUCUUCAAGGAUCUUGAGCAGUACAUUGAUGAUCCAAACAGAAGAUGGCACUUUACCCUCAGGGUAAAGAGAGGAUUAACAGAUACAGCCCAAGCUGGAGGUCUCUACAAGGAUCAAGUAUACUUAGAAGGAGCUUAUAAGAUCCUCAAAGAGCGGAAGAAUAUAAAUUUUCAUGCUUUAAUAUCAGGUAAAAUAUCUUUAGAAGACCUUGACAGACCCUUCCUCAUGAAAAUCAUCCGCUGAGACCACCUUAUAAUCCCUCCAUUUAUGAGAGAUAUGAAGAAAUACAUGAAAGGAUUAGAUAAGCUAGCCAAAUUAAAUUUUGAUUUAUAAUAAACCAAAUCGAGACAAGCCAACCUUUA